AUGUCUAGAAAUCCAAGCCACGAACGCUGCAUUACAGAAAGUGGAGAUGUAUUAGAAGUAAUCAGGGAAGAGCAACAUUCCCCGACUGUCUCAUCAGUUAAAAUGGAUGCCACUGGCAGCACCAAAAUAGAAGCAACACCAAGAGAUCCCUCAGCUGAAUGCGCCUGUCCUAAACCGAUAGUGAAGGAAGGAGAUAUUUCUAACAAGGAGGAAAUUAUUAAAUUGCUCAAAGAAAGAGAGAAUUUGUUGAAGGCGUUGUAUCAGAAAGAUUUAGAAAAUGAAAUCAGAAUUUUGAAGAACAGAUUCGAUUUUAUUUUACAGAAUGAAGAAAUACGCACUUCCUAUAUGCUACGCGAAGCGCACAGAGAGCGGAAGGAGAAGAUUAGCGCCCUCCAAACCCAACUUGAAUGUAAGAACCUGGCUGGACUCAUGUACGUGCUGUGCUCUGAACGAAGAAGAUGCAAGUUUGAAAAGUUGCAAUUGGUUCAAGAAUAUACGAAAUAUAUAGGAGUUCUUCAAGACACUUUAGCUGACGCGCAGGCAUUGAUCCUUCAACUCGUACGAGGCCAUAAGAUCGCUUCCAAAGUUGAUGACGAGUGGCAAAUGAAGAUAAAAAGCAUUAUUAAAGAAUUUCAAAACUUCGUGUGUAAUUUCGCCGGUGGUGCACCGGAAAUGAGUCAAUACUUCUUCGAUUUAUCUGAGCUCUUUAAGUCGGAAUUGCCAGAAGCAGAACUUGCCGCGGAUGACUCUUCGCAAUCAGACAAAGAGCCCGAAGAACAAAUAGCAGAUAAACCGUGGUGGGAAAUGCUAGAAGGAAACGACGUUCCUUUCGUCAUGUUCGGCGAUAUGGCGGAGCUCAAAGCACCGCAGAGGAGAAACGUGUUGAAAGCUGUAAAGUCAGGCAAAACAGUGCCAAACGAUUGGAAACGUUAUGUUUUUAACGACAAGAUCCUAAAUUCGAAGUGUCCGAAUGCUGAUGAUAUUAAAAAUGAAUACUUGAAGCGUUUACCAGGGAAGUGGGAAUGUUGCAAUGAACAGACACAGGAAAGGGAGAGCAACUCCAACCAUCGUAUGCCGCAAGCUAGCGUGGAUAUCAGAGGCAAUAUGGGCUCCGUUUUAAGGAUCAUUGCAUCCUGCGGUUAUGGUCAACCUGUGACAAAAACAACUUUACUCGGUGCGAGAGACUCCAUGGAGAUAGCUUCUACACCGCGAUUGCGCGAGCGACUAAGAAAUUCGGAUCAAAAUAAUGUUGUUCUCAAUAUUGGAGGCAAACGAGCUUCCAGAUUUGAUGACUAUUAUCAAGAAAUACCAUUGAACGAGACUGAAGACUUUGAGACUUCGCCAAGACAAGAGUCCCAAAUUGAAGAGGAAGAGAUCAUCGAAGAAUCAUUUUCUACUCUUGGGAGUAUUCACAACGACAGCCUCCAAAUGAUUCCAAGCCAUGUGCCCGAUAGAGACGCUAAAAUUAACAAUGAAAAGGUGUGUCCGAUGGAGAAGUGUCAGAGAAUGCAAAUGGACUCUUUUAUUCGAACCCUUCCACCGUACAUGCGGGCGAACCCUUUCACGCACUUUGAGAAGACAUAUGAAGAAUAUGAGCUUUGUACGCCCGAACAACUUGAGAUUCUAAGGCAGCGUAUUGAGAGUAAGAAGAAAGAAAACAAGGCUGAUUUAGAACAUGUAGAGGAGUCUCCGCUUUUAGAAUGGACUGAAACUUCAAAUUCAGUGGCGCUGCAGACAUCAGAAUCCUCAGCAUCUGUUCCUCCAUGCACUUGUCACGAGAGUAUAAGAGAGAAGACAAAUGGAAGAGUCUAUAAUAUUGAGGACCUCAUACCUAUCAAGAAAGCGAUAAACGAAAUCAACAAGAAACUCUUCUACAAUAGCAGGAUUGAGUUUAACAGGUUCAAAGUUGUCGGAGAAUGUGACAGAAACAGCGUACACGAACACCAAAAGAACGGCAGAGCGCACGAAAUACAGCAAAUUCUACAAGAGCGUCCGAGUCUAUGUGAUAUCUUUCAAGGAAAUACACAUUGA